AUGAUGACCAAAAUCAAGCAACAGCUGUCUGGAACUGCCCUGAAGUUCUACGAGAGAGAGUUUGAUUUUUUCGAACAAAUCACCAGAAUUUCAGGACAUAUACGACAGUUUGCUAAGGGCAGGGAACGUAAGCAAGCUUGCUUGCAGGCCUUGUCCAAAAUUGAGCUGCAGGAAGGCUGUUACCUCCCUUCCAACCCUGAAGCUGUGGUCAUUGAGAUUGACUACAAGUCUGGGACACCCAUGCAAAGUGCGGCGAAGGCACCUUUUCUAGCAAGGUUUAAGGUGAGGCACUGUGGCAUCAGUGGUCUGGAGCAGUUGGCAGCCUCUGACCUGGACAACAACCCCAGCAGCAACAACCAGCAGCAGUCUCCCAGCCAAGAGGACCAGGAGUCGGUGGACGAGCGGAAGGUCUACUGGCAGGCUUGCAUUUUCAAGGUCGGCGAUGAUGUCAGACAGGACAUGCUGGCCUUGCAGGUAAUUGAGAUGUUCAAAAAUAUCUUCCAGCAAGCAGGGCUGAAGCUCUACCUGGCACCAUACAGGGUUGUUGCUACAGCUCCUGGGUGUGGGGUCAUUGAGUGUGUCCCCAACAGUAAGUCACGUGACCAGAUUGGCCGCCAGACAGACAUCACGCUGUUUGAGUACUUCUUGGCAACGUUUGGUGAUGAACAGUCCCCAGCAUUUCAGGAGGCACGUCAUAACUUUGUCGUCUCCAUGGCAGCCUACAGUAUUGUCAGCUUUUUGCUCCAGAUCAAAGAUCGUCACAACGGCAACAUUAUGAUCAACACAACAGGACAUAUCAUCCACAUUGACUUUGGUUUCAUGUUCGAGAGUUCCCCUGGUGGGAACCUUGGCUGGGAACCUGACAUCAAAUUGACUGAAGAAAUGUUCCGGGUAAUGGGGGGUUCCAUGGAGGCCCCGCUCUUCCAGUGGUACAUGGAGUUGUGUGUGCAGGGCUACUUGGCUGUCAGACCCUUCCAAGACGCUGUCAUCUCCCUGGUAUCACUGAUGCUAGACACACGGCUUCCUUGCUUCAGAGGUCAGACCAUCAAGCUGCUCCGCGCCCGCUUCGCCCCGCAGGCCAGCGAGAGGGAGGCCGCCAAUUUCAUGCUGAAGGUGGUCCGAGACAGUUGCCUGAACUGGCGGGGCAAGACCUAUGACAUGCUGCAGUACUACCAGAAUCAGAUUCCUUACUAG